AUGGCUGCGAAUAGCAUUGAGCUGGUGCAGCUUGCGAAACUCGAAGCUGAAGUCUCCACCGAUGGUCUCACAACCCAGCACAUAUAUCAAUCCCCGCCAAUAUGGGGAUUCGGAAGCGUAAAGAAGGAGGUGGUGUGGAAGAGAGUGUCAUCGAUCGGAAGCGGUGGGUUUGGAACAGUAUACAGGGAAGAAGCAAUGACUAGUGAGGACACUAGAGAUGUAAGAGCCGUCAAAGCUGUACGAAAGCCUAUGUUGCAGCAUGCCAGAGCAGUGAGAUAUGACAGAGAACUCGAGGCUGUAGCACGAUUCUCGCAAGAAAAGGUGAAUUGGCCAAAUUCGCUGUGUCCUCGUUACGGUCUUCCCAUGCCAGAGAAUGAGGCGCAACAGAUUGUCACCCAAACGCUGCAAGCCCUGCACUUCAUGCAUGACCUUGGGUACGCACAUAGAGACCUCAAGCCGCAGAACCUGCUCGUUUUUAACAAAGCACCACGAUGGCAUAUCAAGCUUGCAGACUUUGGCCUGAGCAAGCGUAUCGUCGCCGAAGCUACAUCUUUGCGUACUAGUGCGGGAACUCCAGCUUUUCAGGCGCCAGAAGUACUAGGCUUCGGAUCCGAUGACGAGGACUUGUCCGACGACGAUGAAGCUCAAAGAUCCUACACUAAAGGCAUUGAUAUCUGGGCUGUAGGAGUUAUCGCAUUCUUGUUGCUGACAGGAGAGACCCCUUUCCCACCAUCCGAGCCUCGGGUCUUGAAAAGAUAUACCAAAGGAAAGACAGCAUUCCCAACUCAGCGACUUCGUCAGGUCAGCGCACACGGUUGCACACUGGUACAGGGAUUGCUGGCUCCUAAAGCUGGUAACCGACCAAGUAUAGCCGCCAGCCUCAAUCAUAGCUGGCUCCGAGGCAAUCACGUUCUCAAGGAUGUCAGUACCACGUCACAACUCAGCGCGGCAUCUGGAAGGUGGACCAUACAAGGUGAUACGAGUGGUGUGGUCCAUAGAGAUACAUCACCGAGGCAAAGUUUUAGUACUCACGGACACGCCACCGACCAGGCAAGGGAGGGGAGGACGAUAACGGCUCGAGAGAAGAAGUCCGCACCUGAGCAAAUUGCCAGUGAACAGAAGCCACGUCCUCCAUCGGGGCAGGACAUUGCUCAGGUUGAACGGGCACUCACAAGACUACAAUCACCAAGAAACGGGCAGCCACUCUCAAACGAGCCAGAGCGAGAGGGUUCGUUGCGCCGUGAAGGUAAAUAUUAUGAUGCUACGUCCAAGAUCUCGAUACCUGACAUUCGGACUAUUACCACUAAUGCAGAGCAUGAUGAAGCUGUUCAAAAGCGUGUCAUGAGCAAUGGCGCUCACCGCAUUGAUUGGACAACGACAAAGACGUCCAACUGGGCCCCAGAGAAAGAUGUCACCACCACGAAACCGGGUAUUGUCCGAGGAUCGGGUAUUUUACCGCCAGUGCCGGACAUUGAUGAGGAGGCACGGGCACACACAAACCCCGACUCAUCAGAACGAAUACGGCCUUUUUUGAGAGAGCGCAAGCAGGUUGAAUCCUUGGAUCGCGAAGAUAGUACUUACGAGGUCUCGUCCAGAACUGCAGCAAGCGGCGUGUCAACUAUUGCAGGAGGCACGGAGCAUGAAGAAGCCUCCGAAAAGCGUGUUGCUGGUGACAGCGACUGGCGCAAAGGCGUGCUGGCAAAGCAUAUGGUCGACCAGAAUCAGGAGAUCGAAUACAGAUCCAGGCCAGUCGGUGUUCGUCGAACCUUCGAUAUAUCUCCGCGGAUGCAGGAUCUCGGGAAUCGCAUACGGCCACCUAACGGAGAUAGGUCACCGACACCAAGUUCACCACCAAGUGUGCUGGAACGAGGACAUAGCAUGGACGAUGAUGGCAGAAAGCAUGCACCUCGCCUAGCGACUAUGGCCAAACGCUUCUACAAGGACUACAGGAAGAGGAGCUGUCCCAAAGCACAAUUGAUAGAUAGUCCUGAAGCAGGCAUGCUGGCCACUGUUAAUCACAGUCACGCGGCCAAUGUAUCUGCUACCGAGUUUUCGAACACGCCAGCAGCACUGGACCAACAACUCGAGGAUGAGUCUUCAGGACACCUCGCUGGCAUUGUUGACAUUGAAUGCUAUGCUUUGCCUUCACAAGAUUCCACUAGCAAGAAGAAGGUCAUACCCUUGCUUCUCGAUAAGGCCAAGUGGACCCACCAAAUGUCUUCGAUGAAUGGACGACGCGCGGUCUUCACCACUAAGUCUCCGGUCUCGGACAUAGGUACCGAAUCGUGUGUUGUAGACACCACGACUGGCGUCAUUGUUUGGCCUUUAGACGACAAUGUCUGCCACCUCCAUAUAGCUGCUCUCUCACCAGAUGGACAACGUCUAGUCCUCAGAGACGACAAUGUUCUCACUGUGGUCGAGCAGCGUACAGGAGCGCUCAUUUGGUCAACAGAAGACCUAAGAUUCGAUGACAUGGACUCGCCAUGCUGCGCCUACUCUCCGAAUGGACAGCAGGUGCUUCUUCCUCAGGCGUCGGCAGUGCUCUUCCUGGACGCGACGAAUGGUAAAAGAAUUAAACAUCUCCGGCCUUUUAAGGGUCGACAGGGACGUGAGAUCGAUAUGUGCGUGGUGUGCUCUGCAGAGUCUGGACGAUUUGUGCUUGGAAGUCGUCAUGGCAUAUUUCUCGUGUGUGACGCCAAGAAUGGCCAGGUUUGUCAAGCAGUAGACUUCACUGCCACAGAUAGACUGUCUAUGGUAGUGUGCUCGCAGGAUGGGCGUUGGAUGACUGGCGUGGCCGGGACGACUGCCAAUGUCUGGAGCACAUCAACAGGAGCGAGACUCGAGUGGCUUGCCGAAAUGAAGUCAUCAGUCAUAAGAAGUGCUCUUUCUCCUAACGGUAUACAAGUAGCGCUAGUACGCACACCUUCAAAGGUGGAGAUUCGGGACUUUACCACCGGGAUCUUGCUAAGGUCGCUCUAUCUGGAGCUGGAGGAGAAGUCCGCCUGGUCCAAGGUCCAUUUGCAUUCGAUAGCAUUUUCCCCUUGUGGACGCAGUGUAUGCCUGCUGGUUGCGCUACCCAGUGGGCUGAGGUCCAGAGCACUAACAAACGAAAGCUGGAUAUGGGAUCUGGAGACUCGUGCGGUAUAG